GAGCGCUGUGUGCGUUUCAUACCCGAUAGGGGGUUAGCUUCGUAACAAUCUGGCAACACGGCGACUCCAAUCUGUCAGAAAUCCUCCUGGAAGGCUAGCGUCACCUGGCUACACCGGUCUAUUCUAACAUCAUCCGAGUGCACCUCAUCGUCCUAUACACGAACCUCGACCAGGACAUGGGGUCCGCUGAGAGUAGCACCAGGAGGGUCUCCUUCGGAGUGGACGAGGAAGAACGGGUCCGGAUCCUGAGAGGGGUCAAGCUGACAGAGGACGUUCUUCAGAGGAUGAGAGGGGUGGCCAACAUGGCACCCAGCCCCCCUUCAACCCCCACGGCUAGCAGCCAGCCAGACCCAGCCAACAAGUCCAAAGAACCAGGCCCCUCCAGCCGGCCCAGCCCAAAGCCCGCUCCCAGGCCACAGCCCGCCCCGCAGCCCCCUGCUCAGCCGGCAUCCCGCCCCACCAGCCCCAAGACCUCCAGGACCGCCAGCCCUAAGCCCACCCCUAACGCUAACGCUAAUGCUAGCGCUAGCGCAGCGGAAGAGAAGAAGAGGUACGAGCGACAGCAGCAGAUCAUGGCAGAGGAGUUGGCCAAGGUGGCGAAGAAGGAGCGGGAGGCGGCGCGUGAGGAGAUGAGCGCAGUGCUGAGGGGGGAGCGGCUGAUGGCCUUACAGGAGAGCGAGAAGGCCCAACAGCUGCCUCCAGCAGAGCUCCAACUUCUGGCCAAGCGGCUGCAGAAGAAGGAUGCAGAUCUGAAAGUCAUGGACGCCUUCUACAAGGAACAACUGGACCUGCUGGAGAAGAGGAACAUAGAGAGGUUCAGACAGAGCAGUGAGCAGUUCAACCAAGCAGCCACCAGCUGUGAAGCCAACGUGAGGCCACGUGGUACUACGGCGGUGUGCAGCGGCCUGCAGGCCCAGAUCCUCCACUGUUACCGCGACAACCGGCAGGAGCCCCUCCUCUGCUCCGAGCUGGCCAAGCAGUACCAGCAGUGCAUCAGCACGGCCAAGACGAACCUGAUGGUGAAUCAUGGAUGAAGAGGACGACGACGAUGAAGAAGGGGGGGUGGAGGACGAUGAAGAGGAGAGGGUGGAGGAGGGG